AUGUUGCAUUCCUGCACUCCUGAAGCCAAUAAGCAUAACAUUUUGGAGUCCUUUCAGUCUGACAAUGGUACCAUCUGGCUACUAAUUGCAACAAUAGCCUUUGGAAUGGGCAUUUACUACCGAGGUGUCCAUAGAGUCAUACAUUUUGGACCCUCCAAGAAUGUGGAGUCCUACGUUCAGGAAACUGGUAGGGAAGGAAGGAAUGGCCACCAAAGUGUUGCAUAUGUUUUAUACCAUGGAGUUAUGUUAAACCAUAUUGAUGCCCAUAUGAAGUCUUUCAUUAAGACUGGAGAGUGCAGAAGAAAAACCCUUCUGAAUCACUUUGAGUCUGUGUCUCUGUAUCCAGAACAACCCCGCCUUUGCUGUGACAAUUGUGCUACCCAAUGUAAAUGUGCUUAUGUUUACAACUUGGUAGAAAUAUGGGACAGAAGGCAUGCACUGAGAAUUCUUUCAAUUGCAAGCAAUGUAUUUCAAGACAUUAAUGUUAACAAUGAUUCACUAGUUGCUGUAAAUGAUGCCAAUAACUAUGAAUUUGAUGACGAGUUACUUGAUGAAUGGCAUGAACUUUUGCAUGGUGAUGAACUUUAUGAGAUGAUUGUGGACGAUAUGCCAUUGUCACGCCUAGAAAGCUCAGCAUUGGAAGAGGAAAAUGCCAGUGAUUCAUGUGAUGAUGAUGUGAUGCCACCAGUAGUAUUGGCAACUGUUGAGAAUAUGGCAUUAGAUCACUGA